AUGGCUACCGCGAAAGACACGUCUACCUUUUUUCUGGAGGCAGAUGCGAAACAGUUUGACAGUGUUUUAAAGUUAUACCCACAAGCAAUCAAACUAAAAGCUGAACAGAAAACAAAGAAACCAGAAGAGCUCAUAAAAUUGGACAAUUGGUACCAGAAUGAAUUACCUAAGAAAAUUAAAUCUAGGGGGAAGGAUGCACAUAUGAUACACGAAGAGUUGGUGCAGCUCAUGAAAUGGAAACAAGCAAGGGGAAAAUUUUACCCGCAACUAUCGUAUCUUAUCAAAGUGAACACACCAAGGGCCGUUAUGCAAGAGACAAAGAAAGCUUUCCGCAAACUGCCUAACAUAGAAUCAGCAAUGACAGCACUAAGCAACCUGAAAGGAGUAGGUACAGCCACAGCAUCAGCUCUUCUCGCUGCAGCCAGCCCAGAAAUUGCGCCUUUCAUGGCGGACGAGUGCAUACAAGCCAUACCGGAGAUGGAAGGAAGUGACUACACUGCCAAGGAAUACCUCAAUUUUGUAAAACAUAUUAGAAAUGUCUGUGAUAGGUUAAAUAAGGAACAAAACGGCUGCGGCAAAAAAUGGUCACCACACAUGGUCGAGUUGGCGCUAUGGACACACAAUAUUGUAUCAGACUUGCAGCCAGAACUCCUAGGCAAGGAGCCUAAAUUGACAGCGCCAACGAAUGGAGGUUCCCCGCUACCGAGCGACGAGAGCAACCUCGAACCGCCCGCAACGAAUGGAAAUGGUAAACUGGGUGUCGACUCCGUAAACGAGGACACGACGACGUCAUGCACGGAAGACUCCAUGGACGCCAAGGCGGCGUCUCCCGCCACGCCCGCCUCACCAUCAGAUAACUCCGAUUCCGCCUUCAGUACGCCGCGCGCCAAGCGACAAAUAGAGGAAGCGAGUUCAGCGGAAGAGAAUUCACUGGGAGACUCGUCAGACGCACAGCCGCCAGUUAUGAAGAAACUUCGAGAAGCUACACACUGA